AUGUGCAAAGUACUAGAAAACAGAAGCCAACAAGAUGAAGAAAGAAAUAUCAAUUACCUAACCAAUCAAUUGAAAGAAGCUAGACUUUUGGCUGAAGAUGCUGAUGGAAAAUCAGAUGAAGUUUCCAGGAAGUUGGUCUUCGUUGAAGAUGAAUUAGAAGUAGCUGAAGAUCGUGUAAAAUCUGGUGACUCUAAAAUUAUGGGAUUAGAAGAAGAAUUGAAAGUUGUAGGAAACAGUUUGAAAUCAUUGGAAGUUUCUGAAGAAAAAGUUAACCAACGUGUUGAAGAAUACAAACAGCAAAUUAAAUCCUUAACCGUAAGACUUGAAGAAGCCGAAGCUUGAGCAGAAUUCGCUGUGAAAACCGUCAAGAAAUUACAGAAAGAAGUUGACAGACUCGAAGAUCAUCUUUUCCAAGAGAAGGAAAAAACAAAAACUAUUUGCGACGAUUUAGAUUCUACAUUUGCUGAGCUUACUGGCUAUUAACUUGCUUUGCAUUCAUUUUCAUGUUUAUUAGAAAUAGCUUUAUACUUUAUAUACUAAAAAGAUUAUUGCUUCGCUACAUUGGCAUGAAUAGUUACGCUUUCAUAAGGUAUCUACAUACUUGAAUUUAUAUCAUAUAAUUUAGCCUAAACGAAAUAAACUGCUCAACGUAUGGGAUAUAAAUUGUAUUAUUUCAUCGUUAAUGUAUCGUCACUAACCUGCUAAUGUAAUUGGUCAAGUCUUUAUAAUUUUUCAAACGCUUAUUUUACACACGAGUAGUUACCUAUGCGUAUAAAUUUUUACAAUUUUGUGUAGUUUUAUUUAUUUAUUUUUUUCAACAAAAAGGGGAAAAUUCUCAAUAAUUUUAUCAAAUUGCGCAUUGAACCUAAUUUAUGUACUUCAGGUUAAACACCUAAUGGAAAAUUUUCAAAUUUUUUCUCGGUUUUACAAUUUAAAAAAAUUAAAAUACAUAAAUGCAUAGUUUUUAAAUCUUCCUGACACUGAUUUUGAAAUUCGAUAAACUAGCUCUCUACUAGAAAUUUUAUGAAGGUUAGAUCACGAAAAUUACGAACUUAUCAAUUUUAUCAUAUUUUUAAAGAUUCCACUGUGGAAAAAAUGUUGUCCAAAUUCACUUUUUUGUUUAGAUUUUUUCAAAUGCCCACUAAAAUUAUGAGUAGGUACCUAUGUGUGAAUUUUGAAUAUUUGAUCAAAAUUAGCACGAAAAAGAUGUUUGAUAGGACAUCCUGUUGAAAUGCCUACCAUUGUACGUACUACAUACAAAUACAAACGUAAUCCUCAGAAAAAAGUAAAAUAAAAUUGUACAUUGGAAUUUUCCACACUUUCGUGGGAUAUUUUUUGAUGAAAAAUAAACACCAAGUCGUGUUCACUACUUAUUUUUGAGCAGAAGAGAGCCGAAGAAAAACACGACUCAUCAUAUAUUCUGUUUCGAAACGGCGAAUAAACAACGAGAUAGUUUGAUUUUAAAAUAUUCAAAUGAUCCAUUCAAUUUGACUUGUAUUUUUCGAAUACAAACGCCAAGUUUAUUUAUAUUUCAUUGCUUUUCGUUUUUUUCACUCUACUUGAAUUUGAAUUAUUUCUCGGUGUAACUCGAUUUUA